AAAAUUUAAUUUUGUAAUGGCAACACUAAACCCCUCGCCAUUUUGCGAGAAUGUCAGCCAAAUCAUCAGCUUGCAUUUUUCGUUAAAUUUAUGUUGUUUUACAUUAUAGUUACAGUGAUUUUUGUUUAAAAAAGUUAUUGAACAGUUAAAUUAUCAAAAUGGAUCGUUUUAUAAGCAUGUGGAAAGUUCGGGAGCUGGCGGACAAAGUUACAAAUGUAGUGAUGAACUACACAGAGGUCGAAGGCAAGGUCCGCGAAGCUACGUCCGACGAGGCCUGGGGUCCGACCGGGCAACAAAUGCAAGAGCUAGCCCUGGCGACCUUCACAUAUGAACACUUUCCCGAGGUCAUGUCCAUGUUAUGGAGGAGGAUGUUGCAUGAUAACCGGUCACACUGGCGAAGGACUUACAAGUGCCUACUCCUCCUAAGCUACUUGGUGCGAAACGGCUCGGAGCGAGUGGUCACAUCGGCUCGGGAACACAUUUACGAUCUGCGCUCACUCGAAAACUUCACUUAUGUGGACGACGUGGGAAAAGACCAGGGUAUCAACGUUCGCCAUAAGGUGCGUGAAUUGAUCGACUUCAUUCAAGACGACGACAAACUGAGAGAGGAGAGGAAAAAGGCUAAGAAGAACAAGGACAAAUAUAUCGGGAUGUCUUCAGAAGCGGGCACGAUGGGCGCGCGCGGCGCCGGGGGCUGGGGCGAGUAUAGCGACCGCGGCGGCGGCACCAACUGGGACGAGCCCAAAGAGCGAAAUGAUGAUGAUGAUUAUGACCGGGCAGAUGAUUCUGAUGGUGACUAUAGUCAUGGGCCCAGCCAUGUUAGCGCCAGGAAACCUAACAAAGAAAACGUAUAUCGAGACGACGGCGCCGGUAGUCCACCGCCUCGCUCCCUCAGCGCGCGCGCCGCCGAGCGCGAGCGAGACCGCGAUACCGACGGCUACGUCAGCGCGGGACUGUCUCAGGGCUCCGCUACGGGACUCGGCGCGGGGAACACGCUCAACAUCAGCCUGAAGAGCCCCGCCAAGACUAAGAGCAGUACGCCCAGCAAAAAGAUCGAUUUAGGCGCUGCCGCGAGCUAUGGCAAGUCCGCUUCGAGUCCAGCGCCCACUCCAACCAACAACAACCAGUCACAGGAACUGUUGGACGACCUGUUCAAGACCUGUCCCGUACCAGGCACACCGCAGGGCGGACUUAUUGAAGACGACUUCGACCCCAGUCCAGCGCCCACUCCAGCCAACAACAACCAGUCACAGGAACUGUUGGACGACCUGUUCAAGACUUGUCCCGUACCAGGCACACCGCAGGGCGGACUUAUUGAAGACGACUUCGACCCCAGGGCUGAAGAUCUCAAACCGGCACCAACCAGCACCGAGUUCGGAGACUUCACCAACGCCUUCGGGGCCCCCGAGCCUGGCUCCAAUGAUGGUUUCGCUGACUUCAGCAGCGCAUUCACCGGAGCACCUAGCACUUUUGGAGCACCCGCUGCCUUUGGGGCUCCGGCCAGCAAUAACUUUGGGGCUCCGGCCAGCAAUAACUUUGGGGCUCCGGCCAGCAAUAACUUUGGAACGGCUAGUAACAAUUUUGGAGCGCCGGCUUUGAGCAACAGUUUUGUGGCAAAUGUUACUACACCGGUCAAUAAUAAUGCUGCCCCGGCAUCGAACCUAGACCUGCUGAGUGACCUGGCCCCUCCCCCGAUCACCCCAGGGGGCUUUAGUGACCUGGACUCGCUGUCAUCACAGCUGUCUGACGUCACACUACAACCCACACAUACUGGUGAGUUGGCUAUACAGUUCAAAACACACUCGACUCCUGUCUGCAUGAUACGUCACAUAAAUGUAACUAGUAUAAAUACAGUUUUGGGCACAUUCAGGUGUUUUCCAUUUCCAGAAAAUGAAAAAAGGAAAAGCGACCUCCGCAGAGAGUUGAGAACACUUGUAGACGCUUUACACGGAGUCGAACAAGUGAGCUCCGCCAGUCAAGUGAAAAAACUGGCUCCGUACCUCGAGGAAGUUUCCAAGACCCUCCCCGGACCCAUCACAGUGCAAAAGCUGAGCCGGAUCGAUGAAAAAUCCUUCAACAGUGAAGUUUUAGAAGUGUUUGUGCAGUGUUUAAGUAGUGUAGUGCGCGUUAUGACAACAUUGUGGCCGCUUUUCAAGAAUGAAGUCUCAAGCCUGUUCACCGUUGAAGAAAGUUUUGAGGUUAGUCAUGAAACACUUGCCGUUCUAUGUGGGUUUUUGAAAAAUGAAAGUAACGAAGUCACUAUAAACGCUUUUGCGUCAAUUUUGACAGACUAUGUCAAAAGUGAUGCAGUUUUGACCGCUAUUAUUGACUGUAGUAGUGUCAAAUUUGAUGAUGAAAGUGAGCUGUAUAAACAGCAAAAUGAAUGGGAGAGCUAUAUUCAACUGCUGGUGACAUUACCAGAAAGAAUUGCUAAUAAAUUAGAGAAAAACACACCCAAGAAUUUCUCACAUGAGAACUAUUCGUACAAUUUGAUCUUUCACAUAAUAAGAAGCAUGGAUUAUAUGACUGAGUCCAGUUACGCGCAGAAUAUACAGUAUGACGUUUCAUUCUUGUCGUUUUUGGUAUCCAAAGUGAUAAUUAAUUACAAUAUGAGCGGUAAUUCGGACGCCAUAUUCAAAUUCAUAGACACACUUAUCGCAUGGUCGACCAAUGAAACUGUUACUAUGUAUAUCAGGCGGAAACUCAUACAAAAGAUGUUCUUCCACUUAAACAGGAAAGCCAUAGAUUUCAUCUCAAUGACAUUGCUACACCGAUCACCCAUAGACUAUACAAAAACUGAACAAGCAAUUUUACAUAUGCUUGGAGACAAUUUCGAUCAAAAUAAAGAUUGGGAAGAAAUUCUAACAUAUAGAAUACCUUUAUACAUUCAGCCGAAAGACUACAAAGAUACCACUAUACCAGAAAACUUGAUAUAUUACCUAUCUACUACAAGAGACAGCAAAGUUUUGACUGAAUUAGUUUUAAAAUUAAGUAGAGUCUGGUCAGAACACUCAAAUGUUACUAACAUAACACAUCAUAUGUACACUUCACAAUUACUGAUACUUGCUAUCAAAUAUUGUGUUAUAAUUCAUAGUGGGAACAAAGAAAACUGGUCGUUAAAUGAACUAAAACCAGUCCUCUAUAAAGGCAUGUCAAAACAUCUUGAUGUAAUGUCACAAGAAUUCAGGUGUAUUGGUAUGGCCACUAUUGAGAUUAUAUUGAAAUUAUUAGCAGUACUAGAUGACACUGAUAAAUCUGUAGAAAAACUAAGCUUUGAUUAUAUAGAAAUGGGACCAAGUUGCGUCGAAAUACAUCAUCAGCUCAAAGAACUAACGCAUAAAUGCAUAAUAGACGCAAAGCGAAAGAUACCAAAAGAUUUUAAGCCGAAAACAGUAGAUUUGAAAGGAAUUCUCGAUCUAAUCGCUAUGAAAGUGAUAGAUGAACAUAGACCCGUCCAUAAUAACACUAUAAUGACCUGUGCUGUCAAAAGCCCAGAGCAAACUAAAGAAAUCGUUAAAACUAUUAUCUCAGUCAAACUUGACGCUCUAGAUAAAAGCAAGACUUUAUCAGAGGAUUUAGAUUCAGAUGACGAUCUGCAACCUUACGAUAUGUCAAACGACAUAGCUAUAGCUGAUAAAAAUAGACCAGCAUAUGUCAGAGAUUUAAUAGAGCUCAUAAGUGAAGCGAAAGAUGCAGAAAUAUUCGAGACAGCGGUGGAAACAGCUGAAGAAUUAAUUACUAAACAGCUUAAAAACGAAGAUCAUAAAUUGGCCACAGAAUUACUAGAUCUCUUCAUACAUUUGGACGCUAAAUUCCAUGUAGAUGAUUUUGAUAACAUCAAAUUUAAUACGGCAGUUGCUAUACUGUGCAGUCACCCUAAAGUUUGCGCUGAGCAUAUUUGUAAAGAGAUUCAUACAGACGUCGGAAGAUACUCUAUUGCUACCAAAAUCUUCAUGCUUGAUGUAUUUUCUGAAGCAGCCAACAGAAUUGCCGAUAUCAGACCUAAUAAUGAACCAAAACUAGUCAAACCUGAUGUUGUAAAUCAAGAUGAAGAAGAAGUAUCAGCAGAAGAAAUCAUACGACGCAGACUUAUACAGAAAACGAGAUAUUUCCACUCAAAACGACCACAUCCUUUUGCUAAAGCUAAGAAAAAUCAAUUCGCUGCGGUUUCUGAUAGUUUCUUCUAUCCAUUAGUCGGCGGAUUUGGUAUAAGACAGCUUACUUUAAGCCAUCAGAACCAAAAGCAAGACAUAGACAACAUUUUACUGUUCAAAUAUUUAUCAGUGAUUGGGAACAUAAUUCUAGCAUCGAAAAACUGUCCGAAAUGCCCGAGCUACUGUUGGGAUGUUGUCCAAAUGAUUCUAUAUCUCCGAUACACACCGGACCCAAAAAUACAGUCGUGCGUCAUAGCCAUGUUAGCUAGUGUGAUUAUAGUUUUACCGCAAUCUAUACUGCGGAGCGAAUUCGUAAAACCCAUGUCUGAGCUUCAGGCUUGGUUAGAAGAUAUGAUACGGGUAGAUAUAACUACACGAUUAAACAGUCCUGCAUCGGAAACGGCUAUAUUCGCUGCUCAAGUUAUUUCUUUACUAGAGAAUAACUUAGGUGAUGUAGGUUUAUUUGAGGAUUAGAGUUUGUGUACGGCUUGGCCCGAGACGGUAGAGGAUAAAUGCAAGCACUGCUCGAAGCUGCUUUGCAAUCACGAGGUGUUCUGGACGAAUGAUAUGACGAUAGCGUCGUAUUCGCGCAGUGUGCGUAAGUGAAUUCGUUCGCCAGG